CCCCCCCGUCUUCUUCCUCCCACCCCACAUUUGACAUUUCCCAUCUGCUCCUCCUCCUCCAGCCGCGCCCCCGAUCCCAGUUGCGUCCUCAGCGGAUUCCACUCCAUUCGAUUCUCCCGAGGAGCAAAUUGCCUCCCGAGAUCUUCAUCUCGCUUCGGAUUCCUCUCGCUUAAUUGGUUCCGGAGCUAGGCAAGAAGCGAAAGAGGAGGAAAAUGUGCCCGCUGAGGGUGAUACUCAUCUUCCUCUCCGCCACCGUCGCCGGAUUCUUCCUCCUCCGGGGCCUCAACGCCGACCCCGACUGUUUCCAAGACGGCGACGACGGCUCGGAAUCUCCCAGGGCCGCCGUUCCCCUCCAUUCCAAGGUACCCAACUAACCUUUCCCCAGUCUUGCCUACUUUUAGCCUCU